AUGUCCUCGAGGAAGAAAACAUUGUUGAAAGUAAUCAUAUUGGGAGACUCGGGUGUAGGAAAGACCUCGCUUAUGCAACAGUUUGUCAAUAACAAGUUUAGCCAACAAUACAAAGCAACCAUUGGAGCAGACUUUUUAACCAAAGAAAUCCCUAUACAGCAUAACAAGACAGUAACAUUACAAAUUUGGGAUACUGCAGGACAAGAGAGGUUUCAAAGUUUGGGUGUGGCUUUUUAUAGGGGUGCCGAUUGCUGUGUGUUGUGUUUUGAUGUCACCAACGAAAAGUCAUUAAACAAUUUGACUAGUUGGAAAGAUGAAUUUUUAGUACAGCUGAAUGUUUCAAACCCACAGGACUUCCCAUUUAUUAUAAUAGGCAAUAAAAUCGAUGUCGAUGACUCCAAAAAAAUACCAAGCUUACAAAAGAAAUUACACAACAUAACACAUAAUCAAUUGGGAGGAUUGAAUUAUCCUGUGUUUGAGACAAGUGCAAAGGAUUCGAUAAAUGUUGAAGCCGCGUUUGAGGUGGUUGCAAAAAUGGCUUUGCAACAAGAAGAGUUGAAUGCAGCUAAUGGAGGUGACGUUAACGACGACUACAAUGAUGCUAUCAAUAUUCACAUGGAAUCAGAGUCUAGUGCUUGUGGGUGUUAA